UAUUGGAUUACUAUUGCGAGAGGAUUGGAGAGUUGAUAAUACGCAACAAGCUACGGUCGAAUUUAGAUGCUGACUUUGUUUCAGGAAUAAUAAGAGUUCAAAAUAAACAAAUUGACACAACAGGACACCACAGAAACCAAGCUUGGGCUACCUGUGAUCUUAGUAGAGAAGGCAAGUGAUCAUUGAAGAUGUCUUCUGUUGAUGGAUAUUCUCUGCUGAAAAACAUCAGCCCUAGUACCACUGAAGAGGAAAUUCAUGGCUUAUAUGACAAAUGGGCAGCCAACUAUGAUGAGGACAUAGUAGCCCAUGGUUAUGUGGCCCAUAAACCAUGUUCARAAUUCUUCGAAGCUGAAAUGGAGCGCCUCUUCCAGGAAAGAAGGUUCAAUAAAAAAAUCCUGGAUGCUGGGGCGGGGACAGGUCUUGUAGGACAGCACCUAAAGGAUCUAGGGUACACUGAUGUUGAUGGACUGGACAUAUCUCAAGAAAUGCUGAACAUUGCAUUUGAUAAAGGGAUUUACAAGAAUCUGAUCUGUKCACCAAUCAGUGAGAAGAAGAUAGAUCAGAUCCAGACAGGUCAAUAUGAUGCACUCAUUUCGUCUGGUACAAUCACUAUUGCACAUGUCAAACCUCCUGCACUAGAUGAGAUUGUGCGACUUGUUAAACCAGGUGGUAUCAUUUGCUUCACUCUUCGCCAAGAUGCUUAUGAUACUGAGAGCAUGGGCUACAAGAAAAAGAUUGACGAACUAGCCUCAGCAAAGAAAUGGGAAAUGAUCAAAAGUAAAAUAAUUGUUUACCAUGACAAACCUGAUGUGAGAUUAGAUAAUUGUUAUUUGUUUACCUACAAAGUUUUGUGACAAUUCAUGAUAACAGAAAUGCUACCUCUACCUUGAUAUGUACAGGCAUGACAAGUUUAAAAUAAUAAAAACUUUAUUAGCUUCAAA